UCCAGCUGGCAGCUGCUAGGACCCAGGGGGCUGGCGCCAGGCCCUGCCCCUCCCUUGCCAGCUCUGUGUGUCUCCAAAGUGCAACAUCAGAGUGACAGCCAGUACCAUCUCCGACAAAGGCUGAGUUGCUGGAGCUGGGCAGGGGGAGAGAGUCCGCAGAUUUAGCCUUGCACCCCUCCAUGAGGCCGGCCAAGCCACCAAGAGGAUGGCAGCCUGGGCGUUGAAGCCACCUCCUCAGUGUCCUAUGAAGUGAGGGGCCAGAGGAGCAAGGAAGGGACAAGUGAUGGGAAUCCUGGAGCUAGAGGCUCGAUUUUGCUCUCCGCAUACCAACACAGGUGAAGCCUGAGCGCUCAAAUGGCCAACACCACAGGGCUGAACGCCACAGAAAUCGCAGGUUCGGUGGGUUUGAUCCUGGCGGUUCUCGUGGAGGUGGGGGCACUGCUGGGCAACGGUGCGCUGCUGGUCGUGGUGCUGCGCACUCCAGGACUACUAGACGCGCUCUACCUGGUGCACCUGUGCGUCGUGGACCUGCUGGCGGCCGCCUCCAUCAUGCCGCUAGGCCUGCUGGCUGCACCACCGCCCGGGCUGGGCCGCGUGCGCCUGGGCCCUGAGCCGUGCCGCGCUGCGCGCUUCCUCUCCGCGGCGCUGCUGCCUGCCUGCACGCUCGGUGUGGCCGCGCUCGGCCUAGCGCGCUACCGCCUCAUAGUGCAUCCGUUGCGGCCAGGAGCGUGGCCGCCGCCAGGGCUUGUCCUCACCGCCGUGUGGGCGAUAGCCGGGCUCCUGGGUGCGCUCUCCCUCCUCGGGCCGCCGCCCGCACCACCCCCUGCCCCGGCUCGCUGCUCGGUCCUGGUCGGUGGCCUUGGGCCCUUCCGGCCGCUCUGGGCACUGCUGGCCUUCGCGUUGCCCGCGCUCCUGCUGCUUGGCGCCUACGGCAGCAUCUUCCUUGUGGCACGCCGCGCCGCCCAGCGGCCCCCGAGGCCCGCGCGUGGGUCUCGGCUACGCUCUGACUCUCUGGACAGCCGCCUCUCCUUCUUGCCACCCCUCCGGUCUCGCCUGCCCGGGGGCAAGGCAGCCCUAGCCCCAGCCCUGGCAGUGGGCCAAUUUGCAGCCUGCUGGCUGCCUUAUGGUUGCGCGUGCCUGGCGCCCGCGGCGCAAGCCGCAGAGGCUGAGGCGGCUGUCACCUGGGUAGCCUACUCAGCCUUCGCGGCUCACCCCUUUCUGUAUGGCCUGCUACAGCGUCCCAUUCGCUUGACGCUUGGUCGCCUCACCCGCCGCGCAUUGCCCCGGUCCCCUCGAGCCUGCACCCUGCGGGCCUGGCAACUGCGGGCACUCCUGCAGCGCCUCCAGGGACCCCCGGAGGGCCCUGCCCUAGGCCCUUCUGAGGCACCAGAUCCUGCCCGGGAAUUGGCAGGAGGACAGAGCCCAAGCAUGCCAGAGGCCACCUGACAACUCUCCUGAGUUGUAGAAAGGAGAAUAGGAUUAGAGGGGGCCCAACCAGCCCCCUGCACUGGUUGAAGCAGGUGCCUUGCUUGGUCUUUCAGCUCUGGAACACGAAGAGAAUGAUUGUCUGCAGUUUGGCAAGGCCCAGAGGCUUCUCUGGAAUCCUGGGUUGGGGCCCAACAUUGCCUGGCCUUGUGCCCAAUCCUACCCUCCCUAAGACUUCAGUUUUCCCAUUUGUGCUCUCUACCAUUUCUAAGGUCCCUACCACAGUAGGCUGUGAAACUCAUGGAUGAUCCCCAGGUCCAGGGAGCAGAGAGUGGGCAGGGUCACAAAGAAGAGAACCCUAAGGGCUCACAGCUAAAGUGAUGGACCAAGCAGGGCAGAGGGUAGGCAAACACCCACAGCAGGAGAAACCAGUAGAGAAACUCAGGACUGCCUUGACAUGUGCAGCAGGAAGUCUGGACACAGUCACUGAAACUCUUCUAUCUGCUUCUAAAAUGCCCAGAGAACAACUGGACCAAUUUGGUGCUCAAAGCAAGAGGCUGGACAACAUGACCCACACCAAAGAGUCUUGGAACCCUGGAACUGGCAUGUGAAAGGGGCUGUGGGUCAGCUGGGGCUGGUGGAUUCACAGAUGGGAGGUCCUCUGGGGCUUCAACUACACCCAUUUUCUGGAGGUUUUUCUACCCCAACACCAGUAUUUCACAGCUUUCUGGUCGCUGAGAAUAUUUAUUCAAAAACAGGGAUUGAAAAAACUGUACAGAGUGUCUGCUGCUGAGAACUGGGCCCCUGACCCCAGGCCACUCCCCCAGCUACCCGGCAGAGCCGUCUCUUUGGGUUGCCCCCUGACAAGCCCAACCAGUCCAUUCCAGUCAAAAGGAGAUCAGUGGAAGCAGCAGGAAUCUGCAGGGAGGUGGAGAGAAACAUGGCCCCAGCCACCCCUCAGCCCUCCUCCCUGAUUCCCACAGUGGGGCAGUAGGCCAGGAAACCCUAAGGGUGGAGAGUACACGAGUGACCUCCCCCCACCACCGCGGUAGGGCACUAGGGAGGCCCCUGGCUGCUCCCUGCAUCCAAGCACAGAGCUGAAGGGGUACUGCCCCCUGACCUGGGGCUGUCAUAGCUCCCAGAACUCUGGGCCAGAAACUGCCCCCUCUCCAAGAGGAGGAACUCCAAAGACCGGGGCGGGGUAGGGGGUGCAUCCAUGCGUCUGGCAUUAGCGGUGUUUGGGACCCCAGGGUGGAGUCUCCAUGGGCAGGUAGGAUAUGGAGGCAAGCCCCUGCCUGUGGUCCUGCCUGCCCCCGCCUGUGCCUCAGCCAGCCUCAGUAGGGGGAGAAUUUCUGCCGCUCAGCUUUCUUGCUCCCAUUGGCCGCUGCCAUCUUGGCAGUGUAGGCCGCCAAGCCCGGGGGUGGCCCUGGGGAAGCAGGUGGUAGAGCCAAGAAGGGCACAGGCUUGAGACCGAUGAAGUUGGAGAGGGAGAUGGCAUAGGGUGUGCCCAGCAGGCCUGGGGGAGCUGUGGGCAGGGCCGUCAGGGGCGGCGAGAAGGGGGCGGGCAGGUCUGCGGGGGCUGAGCCGGGUGUCCCCCCAGAGGUAGACUUGGCCGUCUCUA